AUGCCGCAGCUUAAAGAUCACCUCCUCUCUCGCCUGCUAGACCUUCCUUAUGAUGGCGAGGAGCAUACAUUCUCCGAUGCAGAGAGCAAUACUGUCACCAUUAUUGGCGGGAAGAUAUACAAGCAUAAGAAUUUUCGCAUUAACUAUACGACCUAUGACUUGCGUCGCAGCCAGGACUGUGUCAAUCCGCGCAGUGAGGCUCCCGACAUCAUGGUCCUCGCUCAUGAAGACAGCGAUCACCCCUAUUGGUCACGCGACCCGUCACCUCAGCAUAUUGAAUUCCUCUUCAUACGAUGGUUCGGCCGUGAUUUAACAACUCGAACAGGAUGGAAUGCGCGUCGCUUACCGCGAAUUGGAUUUAUUGAUGCUGACGAACCCGGUGCAUUCGCCUUUCUUGAUCCUCGUCACGUUGUUCGAGCAAUUCACACUAUACCCGCGUUUGCACAUGGAUUCACGGAUGAGUACCUGCGGCCCUCAAUCGCAAGGCAUCCUCGAGAAUGUGAUGAGGAUUGGAUGACAUACUACGAACCUGAUGCGGAACACAUGUAUAGCUUUGCUGAUCGCGACAUGUUCAUGCGCUUCCGCGGCGGUGGUAUCGGUCACAUGGCAAUCGCUGAAGUCACUGAACGCCUACUGCAGGAAAGUCAUGAAGACAUGCAAGAUAACCUGGAGGGUCAUCCGACAGACAAGCCCUCGAUUCCUGAUGCUUUGCGCCCGGCCCGGGGUAGAGAUCAAGAGUACGCUGAUGUGCGCCACUCGGAGGUAGUACUCGGAAAUCCUCCAAACACGCUGACCGUGGGGAUGCUGUGCCAGGAGGGUCCCAAUAAUAUACAGGCCGAGGAAGCAGACUACGGAUAUAUUGACAAUGAUGCCGAAGACAUAGAUGAUGGGGGUGAGAUUGGGACUGACGACGAAGAUGCUUUGGGUCCUGAAGAUGGGGAAGACGAUGGUGAUUCUGUUACGACCAUCCAAAGGGCCGCAAGUAUCUUGGAAGGACCUCACGCGAAUGGUCCGAUCUUCCCAGUCCUCGGAUGCCGAACAACAGGCUCGCCAUCUUAUUAUGCAGCGUUCCCAUUACUUUUCCAGAAUAUCUGGUGGUUAGUGUUCGCUCUACUUGCGAAAGAAGGCGAAUACGACACUAUAGCAACAUGCAUUGCCGUGUGCAAAUCUUGGCGGGACAUAGGAUGGAGGCAUUUACCGCGAUCAGUGAUGUUCAGGAGCGACGAAGAGGUGGCACGCAUUAAAGACGUAUAUGAACACCGGGGGCGUUGGCGUGGACCCGUGUAUGUGCACGCUCGGGGACAGCACGGCAAACGACGGCGCUUGCCGGGCCUCAGGAAGCUCAGUCUGACCGAUAUUGCCCUCUCAGGUCAAGUUCCGAAUUCUGGGACCUCGCCCUUCUUUGAUGGUUUGCUCGAGUUUCUCAAUACUACGACUGCCAUAUCCCAUCUAUCCGAAUUACACGGCAAUCUUUCUCCUCAUCUUCUCGUCCAAACGGAGGAGGAUUAUGCCCUGCACAAAUUGACGAAAUAUAUCGGUGCAUCACUCCGUACGCUGCAUUUGCAUGCUGCUCUCCCAUCUCAGUCAUUGUGCCAUAUAUCAGUCAUGUCGACAGGCGAUCGCUUCGACAUAUCUGAGAACACGCAACUCGUACAUUUGGCCCUCACCUCUGCUGUUAAUGACGAACAUGUGCUGGGGCUGUGCAAUGCUCUUCAUGAUAUUUUAUCCAGCGUCACGUCGGCUCGCAUAACAAAGGUAGAAAUCGAUUUCAAGAUCGAUGAUGUUACGUAUGAUGCCGUAGUGGAAAGACUGCGCAUAGUCGAAGAUGGCCUUGCCCGAAUUGACGCAAUGCUAUCGACGCCUAUCUUCGGGGCUCUUACAGAGGUCGUGAUUGGUUACAACUACACUGCGCAACCUGCAGUGCCACGAGCUGCUCGUCACUCACGCCGCCGUGAGAGCUCCUGCAUCGUCUGGCCCUCCACUGCCUCCGCGUGCACUGCGUUCUGA